UCUUCAUAUCAUCUGUGUGUAGUUGUAGCUCAUCCCCAGGACAAAUAACACAUGCCUUUAGGUUACGUUCAUUGUGUUACGUCACUUGCGUGGCUGGCUAGCUAGCCGCUGCUAGGCUAUCAGCAUGCGUAAAGCUAACGUAUGCUAACAUUAGCUUAAGCUGAGCAUUCAGCCUCAGCAGCAGACACCAUCAUGGAUAUCCGACCAAACCACACCAUUUACAUCAACAAUAUAAAUGAUAAAGUCAAGAAAGAAGAGAUGAAGCGCUCGCUCUACGCGCUCUUCUCGCAGUUCGGCCAGAUCGUCGAAAUCGUGGCCAUGAAGACCAUGAAGAUGAGGGGACAGGCCUUCGUCGUCUUCAAAGAGCUCGCCGCGUCUACCAACGCGCUGAGGCAACUUCAGGGCUUCCCCUUCUACAACAAGCCCAUGAGGAUACAGUACGCAAAGACGGACUCCGAGGUCAUCGCCAAGGUGAAAGGCACGUACGGCGACAAGGACAAGAAGAAGGACAAGAAGAAGAAACCGCAGGAGCCGCCAGCCAGCCUACUAAAGAAACCAGCAGGGCAGGGAUCAGCAGCACCUGUUCACUCCAAUGCAGUCCAGGUUCCGGACAAUCCACCAAACUACAUCCUGUUCCUCAAUAACCUUCCUGAAGAGACCAAUGAGAUGAUGCUCUCCAUGCUGUUCAACCAGUUUCCUGGUUUCAAAGAGGUGCGGCUCGUCCCGGGGAAACACGACAUCUCCUUCGUGGAGUUUGAGAGCGAGACGCAGGCGGGCGUGGCCAAAGACGCGCUGCAGGGCUUCAGAAUCACGGCGACCUGCGCCAUGAAGAUCACGUACGCCAAGAAGUAGUCCCAACGCCGGAGACACAAAGAGACUCUGAGUCGGAGGACGCUCCCUGGAUUUCCGUUGUGUUCCCGGAUCUUUUUGAUUUUUGUAAAUGAUACCGAGCUUCUUCUUCUUUUUUUUUUGUUGUUGUUACUUUUGGUUUUGGUAAAAUUCUCUGACGUCAUUCAUGAGUUGGAGCGAAUAAUCCCUGGCCUAUAUUUUGUUUUGUAAAAUAAAAGUCUUUUACAUUA